UCCGUUCGUUCGUUCGUUCGUUCGUUCGUUCGUACGUUCGUUCGUUCGUUCGUUCGUUCGUUCGUUCGUUCGUUCCUUAGCUCGCCUAUUUGUCCGUCGUUUCUUCGCUCGCGUAUAGAGUGGCCAUGCGAGAAAGGGAUAAAUCGGUGACGGGCGGUCGGCGGCCAUCUUCCAGAUGAGUUUUUCUCCUUUCUUCCGAUAAGCGGAGUGCACUAUGCCGUGAAAGAGAAACGAACGGGUAGAAAGCGAGAGAGAGAGAGAGAGAGAGAGAGAGAGAGAGAGGGAAGAAAAAGAUAGACCAUAAGAAGGAAGAAAAAAAGUGGUGUUCCAUUAUGCGUCGUGAGGUGCGUUAAACGAAAAAAAACGCGUGCUUAUCGAUAGCACGAAAUAUUUUUCCCAUUCGAGGUAGACGAAUUAACCUUCUUAAUGUUACCUGAAUAAAAUAGAUUGAUCGGAGGAGGCACAGAAAAAGAGAAAGGAAGAAGAAAAUACAGCAAAAUUGUGAAAGACGAAAAGAGAGAGAGAGAGAGUGAGAGAAGCAGAGAGAAAGAAAGAGAAAGAAACAGGCAAAGAGAGAAAGAGAGAGAGAGAGAGAGAGAGGGAAGGAGACAGACGGACAGUCAGUCAACGAAGGAGCAAGAGGGGGUAGCGGAGAAGAAAGGCAGGAAUCGAGCGAAAAGGAAGGAGACGGAACAUAUAUAUAUAUAUACACACACACGUACACACCACACAUACAUAUAUAUAUAUAUAUAGAAAGAGAGAGAAAGAGGAAGAAGGGGGAUAAAGAGAAAAGGAAAAGAGAAGGAGAGAAAGAACAUCGAGACCCCCCAUUGCCGUUGUACAUUUCGUUCGUAAUUACGCGUAUCACGAGAGAAUUUAUUUCUACAUUCGUGAAGUCGUGCCACUAUGUCAGACUCAAUAGAUAAAUAAUCGGUCUCGUAAUAAUCGGGCUUUACUUCGCCGAAGAAAUCGUCGAAAGUUAGCACGUGAAAACGCGACCUGGAACGAAAGAAAACUCGCUAUUGCGAUUUUCUACGCGUUGGGUUAACCUCAAAAUUGUCCAGUGAAAAUAACGCUGGACGAUUUCUCUCGAUCGGAAAUCUUCGAUAGGAUAAAGAAGAAGAAGAAGAAGAAGAAGAAGAAGAAGAGGAAGAAGAAGAAGAAGAAGAGGAAAGAAACAGGAAGAAAAUAGAAGCCAAUAAGUCGCUUCUUCCUUAUAACCUCUCUUCUCUUUUUAUCAUUCGUUACUCCGAACAACGAAUUUUGGACGUCCGUUUGUGACCGAGUGAGGAGGCAACGACGUUUCACAUUACAUACACAACAGAUGGAUAAACAGGGAUGACUGAGAAUUGUUGGAACUCUGGUGGUGGCGCUGGCGUCAAGAUGGAGCACUUUCAGGCCACCCUGGACCCAAGGAAGCAGGAGUUAUUGGAGGCCCGCUUUCUCGGAGCGAGGAUGUCUGCUGGGUCACAAAUUCAGAUGGCACCCCAAUCAACCGUAAACUCUGGUCAGUCGGUUCAUAGUCAAGACUCGAACAUGAGUACCGGCUCUUCGCAUAGUGAUAAGGAGGUAGACCCAAAUACUCCGGAAAAAAUACCAAGAACUCCUUCUGAAAGGAAAAGAAAACGUAAAGCCGAUGAUGGUGGCGGGGGGGUUCCAGGAGGGCCGGUAGGCAGCAAGGGAACGAGGUCCGUUGCUGCCUUAGACAACAAAAAAAUCAACGAAUAUUUUUCAAAGCACCAUCUUGGUAAUAGUCCCAUUCGACACGGAGGAGCUAAAAGUCCUUCUCCUCAACAGGGAUAUCCUAUGUAUCCUCCAUCGCCUCAACAACCUUUUUCACCUCAAGUAACGACGCCUAACUCCUCGGUGGCGGAAUUUUCGUCCUUGAUGCAACCACCAAGGCCUCAUCCUCAACCUCCACCUCUUCCACCACCGUCUUCGACGCAACCUGCAGGCUCGAUGGUCAGCAAGCAGGUGCAGGUAAGGCCUACCAACCUCAGUAGGACAAGCCAGGUCAGGCAAGCGAAGACUAACACCCCAAAUACAGAACUAACUUGCCAGAGGAUACAGGAAUUUGAAACUCAAGCCUCUUCGGACUUAGAACUACGUAAUAACAAAAUUGAUGAAUUAAAUAGAACGACAGAUGAACUUAGGCAUCAAAUGGCUAAUCAACAAAAAAUUAUUGAGCAGCACAAAUCCCAUAUAAAUAAGUGUAUAGACGUUGUAAAGAAGUUAUUAAAAGAAAAAUCAAACAUAGAGAAAAAGGAGGCUAGGCAAAAGUGUAUGCAAAAUAGACUGAGGUUGGGACAAUUUGUGACACAGAGGGUAGGUGCGACGUUUCAAGAAAAUUGGACGGAUGGUUAUGCAUUUCAAGAAUUAGCUCGAAGACAAGAAGAAAUUGCAACCGAGCGAGAAGAGAUUGAUAGACAGAAAAAAUUAUUGCUUAAAAAGAGGCCAUCCAAUAGUGAAACAAGUAGGAAGCGUAGUCAGCCACAACCUUCUUUGCAUAAUGGAACUGAAGCUACAUUCUUAAAACCAGAUGCUGUACCUGGUUCUUAUACGUGGCAAGAGUAUUAUGAAGCCGAUGAAAUACUCAAGUUGCGGCAAAGUGCGUUGAAAAAAGAAGACGCAGAUUUACAAUUAGAAAUGGAAAAAUUAGAAAGGGAACGAAAUUUACACAUCAGAGAGUUGAAGCGUAUUCAUAACGAGGACCAAUCGCGAUUCAAUUCUCAUCCUGUAUUGAACGAACGUUACCUUUUACUAAUGUUAUUGGGAAAGGGUGGCUUCAGUGAAGUGCAUAAGGCAUUUGACUUAAAAGAGCAACGGUAUGUCGCUUGUAAGGUGCAUCAAUUAAAUAAAGACUGGAAAGAAGAUAAAAAGGCUAAUUACAUAAAGCACGCAUUACGGGAAUACAACAUACAUAAAGCUCUUGAUCAUCCACGUGUUGUAAAAUUGUACGAUGUGUUUGAAAUUGAUGCCAAUUCCUUUUGUACUGUCUUGGAGUAUUGUGAUGGGCAUGAUUUAGAUUUUUACCUCAAACAGCAUAAAACUAUACCAGAGAGGGAGGCAAGGUCGAUCGUCAUGCAAGUAGUAUCGGCAUUAAAAUAUCUUAACGAAAUAAAACCACCAGUCAUACAUUAUGAUCUAAAGCCAGGUAAUAUAUUACUCACGGAAGGUAACGUCUGUGGAGAAAUAAAAAUUACAGACUUUGGAUUAAGUAAAGUUAUGGAUGAAGAGAAUUACAAUCCUGAUCAUGGUAUGGACCUUACAUCCCAGGGUGCUGGUACUUAUUGGUAUCUUCCACCCGAAUGUUUUGUCAUUGGUAAAAAUCCUCCCAAAAUAUCAUCAAAGGUUGAUGUAUGGAGCGUGGGAGUUAUAUUCUACCAAUGCCUUUAUGGUAAAAAGCCAUUUGGACACAACCAAUCGCAAGCUACGAUUUUAGAAGAAAACACCAUAUUGAAGGCCACUGAAGUUCAGUUUGCGAAUAAACCAACCGUUAGCAACGAAGCAAAGAGUUUCAUAAGAAGCUGCCUAGCGUAUAGGAAAGAAGAACGUAUAGAUGUACUGACACUAGCUAGACAUGAAUACCUGCAACCUCCUGUGCCAAAACAUGGCCGUCAAGCGAACAGUCAGCAACAGCAACAACAACAACAGAUUCAGCAACAGCAGCAGAGCUCCUUUACUGUUGGCAUGUUUAGUGGUAUGAACGCGUCGAGCAGUUCGUAGUGGAAAUGGACUAAAGACGAAUAUCUUCGAUAUGCUAUUACAUGCCAAAUCUUGAGCACUGAACUGCGCACCAUCUCAUCUUAGGAAAAUAACGAUCGCUAUAACCAAUUGUAAAUACUAAACCGGAUACUAUCACCAUCACUACCACCACCUUCACCGUCAUCACCACCAUUACCACUACCAUCACCACUACUACCAUCAUUACUACCACCACCACACCACCACCACCACCACCAUACCGCCACAACUAUACUUACAGGUCGUCUCAUAGGACAUUGCAAGAGAGAUGCGAGACUGGUCGUCGCAAGUCCAGAAGCUUGCGUCUUUCUACAAGCCACGCUACAUUAUUCAGCAUAACAAAAAUGUUGUGUUCGUAAAUAUUCAAUUGUAUUAUCGUUCCUUGUAUCAAAACAGUGGGCUGACUUGAUAAUAGUGUUUAAAAGAAUGGAAGGAAACGGAUAAACAUGUGAUAAGUCAUUGUGAAUUAAAAAGUGAAGUUUAAACUAAAGAGGAGAGUAAGCGAAAGGUAUAAGACGAUGGAAUCCAGUGGAAGUGAUUUACUCGGUGAAAAGGGAAAGAGAAAGGGAAAAAGAAAAAAAAAAAAAAAGAAAAAAAGAAAACAGAGGGCAACGAAUGAUAAAAAUGCAGCGCGUCGAGAAAGAGUAAGAGACUUUGCUCUUGCGGAGACGUUCCUCUCUUCUGAAGUUACGUAUGCGUGAAUGAGUGUGAUGAAAGAUUGUUAAAUCUAGCGUGCGUGUAUAUAUUUAUACUAUAUAUAUAUAUAUACUAAUAAAUCCGAUAUAAUAUAUAUAUAUGGUGUAAAGAAAAAGGACAGCAUUGACAGUGGGAAGACAACUGUGGUGGCUCUAUCCUCGCAUGACCUCCGUGCAGUCAGGUAUUCCAUGAAUACUUGACUACACAUCAUGUUACUUUAUUCAAAUAUUAACAUUAUUACUUAUAUCAUGACUAAUAACAAUUAACAUACAUAAACACGAGGAGAUUUGGUUGGUUGUUCCUAUUCUGAAACGAGUGGGCUUUACCUAUACUGGAACGAUUAGUUUGAGAAUUAAAUGGAAAGAGUGGCGAUGCUCCCAAAGUAUAAAAACAAAAAAAAAAAUCGUAUAGGAUCACGGUCCACCACUUGCACCCCUCCCUCCCUCCACCUCCCGUUCAUAAAUAUAUUUUAAAUUGAGAAUUUUCUAACUCGCGGUUAAAAAACGUGUUUUUCCUUUCUCUAAUCGUGGACACAUCAACAUAUUAUUGCGGCCAUCUCCGUGCUAAAUCAAUUCGUAUUUAUCGGGCAUUAAAAUUUGUAAGGUAAGAAUCGUAAUAUUGUACCGACCUGAUCAUUAUUUCUUUACUCAUAAUUUGUUUUAUAUAUGUACGUUAUAUAGAGAUAAUUAUGAAAUAGAAGACUAAGUUAUUUUAUCAAGUGCCCUUGCUUUGUAUUAUAGUCGUGUCUGUCGACAAACUGCAGCUUUGGGGAGUAAUAGAAAGAAGUUGUUAAAAUGUUGUAAGUUGUUGGUACAAUGUGGGCACGGUAUUGAUGACACAAUACCAACGUGAUUGGCAAAGUAUGGUCAGAGGAGAAUACAUUACAAGUCUGAACAGAGUCUGCUACUAGA